UGCAGGUGGAAGUGUUCCAUCUAUAUAAGACUUGUCGUUCUGUGUUUCUGAUUUUUAGAUUGCAAGAGGACCCUCCUGUGGGUGUCAGUGGUGCACCAUCCGAGAAUAAUAUAAUGCAGUGGAAUGCAGUUAUAUUUGGGCCAGAAGGGACACCUUUUGAAGAUGGUACUUUUAAACUAGUAAUAGAAUUCUCCGAAGAAUAUCCAAAUAAACCUCCAACUGUUAGGUUUCUAUCAAAAAUGUUCCAUCCAAAUGUGUAUGCGGAUGGCAGCAUAUGUUUAGAUAUUCUUCAGAACCGCUGGAGUCCAACAUAUGAUGUGUCAUCUAUUUUAACUUCAAUUCAGUCUCUGCUUGAUGAACCCAAUCCAAACAGUCCAGCAAACAGUCAGGCAGCACAGCUUUACCAGGAGAACAAACGUGAAUAUGAGAAAAGAGUUUCAGCUAUUGUGGAACAAAGUUGGAAUGAUUCGUAACAGCUGCUGUGUUACUCUCCAUCCUCCUAAUCCUUAUGUACAAUUUAACUCUCAGUAGAAAGGCUACCAGAAAUUUCAAGUGCCACAGUUCUAUGAAUUUGCAUAAAACCUCAUUUGCAAACAAAAUUAAGCCCUCCAGUUUAGGAAAGCUAAAAGCUUGUGUAUCUCGAUUAACGUCCUUUUUAUUGCAUGGUAUGAACUAAGUUAUUGCUACAUAAAUUUGUAAUAUAUCCUGUUUGUAUUUUUUUUCCAAGUGUAUAAUGUUGGUGUGGAGUUUUCAUGACAGAAUAUACACAUUUUGUAAAUCUGUACUUUUUCAAAUAUUGAAUGCCUUAUUUUUGAAUUCUUUAGAUUUUUAAAUUGGAGAAAAGCACUUAAAGUUUUUAUAUAUGAAUAUUUCAUGUAAAACUGUUAAAUACAUAACCUUAGUGCAAGACAUUCUGCUCUCACUCUGUAUCUGUUUCCAAGGGCUCAUUUUUAGUCCAUUUUUCCUUUUGGUCUAUGCUGAUGGUACCAUGCACUUUACAAACAGGAAAGUUAAUCCAUGAUGUAACCAUCUCCACAGGAUGUCUUUGCUUCUGCACCAGAGCUUAGCUUGAUUCUGUGUGUCCUCAGUUGUAUGAGGAAGAGUUUUGGUAGCUGCUAAUCACAAAUGGGGAAACAGAUGUAACUAUUUUGCUAAAAAUCCCACUUUAAACCAGCAGGGGAGUUGGAAACACCACCUGGAUGAACCAGGCUUGGUGCUAAUGUAUUCUAAUAACUUUUAUUUUUCAGGGAGAUUGUAUUUUACCAAGUUGUAAAAUGUUGUCAUCUAAAUCUGUCCUAUAUUCACACACUGUAAUAUAGUUUUGAAUACCUUCCAGUAAUUAAAGAGGUGUCCCAUUAGUUUCCCUUGGGGGUGGGGAAAAAAUUAAUCACCAACAGAAGAAAACACGCCUGCAGAUUUAAUGGAGUUAUUCUUUGAGGCUUGGCUGUGCAUUGCCUGGUCAGGUCUCGUGUCUGUAUCACAGAGGUUCCACAUACUUCUAAACUGCUGGUUUUAAAGAAGUUUGGCUUUGCUUUUGGAA